AUGUCAUCUAAACGAAAACUACCUGCAUCAUAUUCAUCACAAGAAAUUAAUACCGAUUCAAAUGUAAAUGAAUCGGAAGAUUCAUCUCGAUCAAACAAUUGUCUGGUAUGUGGUGAUACAGCACGUAUUAUUAAUUAUGGAGCACUUUCUUGUCAAUCAUGUAAAACAUUUUUUCGUCGCAAUGGUUUUCGACCAGAAGGUGUUCGUCCAUGUUGUUUUGACAAAUGUUGUGAAAUUAAUAUGCAGACACGACAUAUAUGCACAGCUUGUCGUCUUGCUAAAUGUUUUAGGAUGGGCAUGAGUUCAGAUUUAAUUCGUAAAGAUGCAAAAAAAUUAGAAAGUAGUUCCUUAAAACAAUCUUGUACUACUGAUCAGAGCAAAUCUCAAGAAGUCACAGUUCGUGUAAGUAUUAUAGUAUUUUUGUUCUAUAUAUAUAUAUCUACUAAUAUUCAGUCAUUUGAAAAUUUUGAUGUAUAAUAAUUUUCGAUUUUAAGGUUAAU